UCGUGCGAUUAACACGUAUCGCGUUGCGACUCUACAUUUUUACCCAGUGUUCGUGUUCAGUGACUCAAGAUGAAAGCGAUAACAGCAGUGUGCGCGACCGGCGCCUCGGUCCCCGCGAUCGCGAGCGGUCGAGUGCAGCGACACCGGGAUGGCGAAAACGCUGAGAUACAAAUGUACCUCUCGAAGCUCCAGGAUCUCGUACCCUUCAUGCCCAAGAAUAGAAAGAUCUCCAAAUUAGAAGUGAUUCAGCAUGUUAUAGACUAUAUCUGCGACCUUCAAUCAGCGUUGGAGAAUCACCCAGCUGUUGGACAAUUUGACGCUGAAGGCGCCUUAGCGUCGCCACCUUGCGCAGCGUCGCCGCAGCCCCGCCCUCAGAGGAGACCGCUAGGCCCUCGCCCUACGCCCAACACCAUCCUCCGCAAAUCACCCUCCACACACGAACACAGAAAUCAAACGGCACCAGAAAAACAAAACCAACCUGACAGGCCGUCGUGUUAAAUGCAACCUAGGUUAAGACUUAUUUAUGGUUAAUAUUAAUAAAUAUACCUCGAAGCGGCCAGCGUUGCCAUGGGAGGCUCCAGACGCUUGGGAGAACAGAAGCCUCCGAACUUCAGUUCCAGUGAAGAUCAUCUUUCGAUGAUAUCCUAUGUACGAUCUCGUUACGAUCAAUAUAUGUACUUCUCUAUAAAUAAUUAUCAUUUUGUGGCAUUACACAGUGAAGACUUGAGCAUCGCAAUGCAAUGACCGUCAGUCGCUGAUUUCGACACGGGUUGUUUUGUUAUGAUUUGUGUAAAAGCUUUACUAGGUAGUUCGUAGUCUAUCUAUGUAAAUUAUCAUAUUAUUAUUGUAAAUAAAGAAAUAGUGAUUUUGUAAAAACAUAAUGAUUCUAUUCUUAAAUAUAUUUUAGAACAACACAAUGUAAAAAAAAAAAACAGAACUUUUCUGAUCAAUUAAACUUAGGUUUUUAGUUAAAAACGGAUCUUCCAUUAAUAUCAAAGAUGUGAACCGAUUUUAAGUUGGUUUACGUAUAUUAAUUUUAUUAUUUAAAAAGAUAUAAUUUGAGUGUGAUUUUGCGUGGCAAUUUGUUGCUAUUAGUAAAUACGAUAUAUUAUUUGUAUGUAAGUGCUGAACGCGGAAUUAUUUUUGUUAAAUUAUGAUUUGCGUUAGCACCACUAGUAUAUGUAAAUAUUGUAAGUGAAGACGAAUACGAAGAUUUAGCAAAAAAAAAAGAUGAUUCGGAAACUAUUGUGGUUUAUUUGAGUCUAAGGUGGAAAUGCUUUAAUUAAACCUACUGUAUACUUGUGGUGUAUUAUAAUUUAAAUAGACUGUUAUAAUUUUAGUUGAUGCGUUAAUAAUGUUCGGAAUAUGUAUUGUUAUAUUGUGGGGUAAUUAGUGGUGCACAUGUACAAACUCCUCAAGCAACUAGUUUCACACACGAUUUUUGUCACAAAUUACAUGAAACUGACGUACUGUAAUUUCACUAAGUUUAAUAAUCCUUGUUACUAAUUAGUUUUUUUUGUCAAUUAUAUUUUGCACUGAUUUUUUAAUAGGUACCGAUAAAACAGAAAAUAAACAUGUCUAAAAAUA